CCCAAAACCCGAUAUCCGGAUCCAGACAUAUUAACCCGAACGCUAGUACCUUGAUAAUCCUAAAUCAGUAAAAAGACAGUCUUCUCAUUUAGCCGGCUGUUUGACAAAUCCCCGAUCGUGAUGCGUAAUUUAACAGCUCAACUCACCUCCUAUUUAUUCAAAAGAAAACCUCCAAAUAUCCAACAAUCACGCCAAUAUUCCUCAACCCAUAACCAAUCAGGAUUUCCUGAUGAAAAGGCAAUGGAAGAAGAUGCUGAAAGAAAAAUUGGAUGGUUAUUUAAACUUAUUUUUGCUGGAACUGCUACUAUUGUUGGUUAUAAUAUCUUUCCUUAUUUAGGUGAUAAUCUGAUGCAUCAAUCUGUGUCACUGUUAAACGUUAAGGAUCCGUUAUUUAAAAGGAUGGGAGCAUCCAGACUAGCUCGUUUUGCAACUGACGAUGAAAGAAGAAUGAUGAUCGUGGAGAUGGGUGGGGCGCAAAAGCUUGUGGAGAUGUUGGGUGAUGCUAAAGAUGAUUCGACACGUAAAGAAGCUUUGAAUGCUAUCGUUGCCAUUGCUCAUUCAGACAAAGCUGUUGAGGCUCUGCAUAGUGCUGGAGCAAUAUCAGCGAUCAUGGCUACUCCAAAAUCUAACGAAGAUGCUGAAAUCGAGAAAUAUAAGGUGAAAUUGCUGAAAAGGUUUCGAGAUAUGAAAUAUGAUGAAAAUUCAUCUUGAAAUUAAGGUACUUAUUUUUAAUAGUUGACUUAGAUGUAAGAUAUUGCUUCCUGCCAAUGAUUCAUUUGUUAUUCUGCCUUAAGCUUAUUUUUAGUAUUAUUGUGUGA